AUGGCUGAAAACGCCCAAGCCUCGACUCCCACCUCGCUGCCAGCGCCGGCUGUCGGGAACCAACAGUACGAUGCUCCUCAGGGAAACGGCCAGGGCAACCCCUCCCACAUGCCCCCGCCCCCGCGUCCUCCUGUGAUCAUUCCCCAGAAUAACAACCCGAUCCCCACUGCCAUGACUUCGCCCAUGUCAGGGGGCGCCAUGAUGUCCCCCACAAGUGCCGGAGGAUAUGUCCGUCGAGCGGCUCCGGAGCCCAACAAGAGAGCCCUCUACGUGGGUGGAUUGGAUCCAAGGGUUACUGAGGAUAUUCUCAAGCAGAUCUUCGAGACCACCGGCCACGUGCUCAGCGUGAAGAUCAUUCCCGACAAGAAUGGACAAUUCACUACCAAGGGCCAUAACUACGGCUUUGUUGAGUACGAUGAUCCAGGUGCUGCUGAGAGGGCCAUGCAAACCCUGAAUGGACGCAGAAUCCACCAAUCGGAAAUCCGCGUGAACUGGGCAUACCAAUCCAACAACACGAACAAGGAGGACACCUCUAACCAUUUCCACAUCUUCGUCGGCGACUUAAGCAAUGAGGUUAACGAUGAGGUGCUCACCCAAGCAUUCUCUGCCUUUGGCUCAGUAUCGGAAGCACGUGUUAUGUGGGAUAUGAAGACUGGUCGCUCCCGUGGAUAUGGCUUUGUUGCUUUCCGUGAUCGCGCCGAGGCAGACAAGGCUCUCAACUCGAUGGAUGGUGAAUGGCUCGGUUCUCGCGCCAUUCGCUGCAACUGGGCGAACCAGAAGGGUCAACCUUCCAUCUCCCAGCAGCAGGCCCUGGUUGCUAUGGGCAUGACACCCACCACCCCAUUUGGCCACCACCACUUCCCUACUCACGGCAUCCAGAGCUACGACAUGGUCGCCCAACAGACUCCCCAGUGGCAGACUACUUGCUACGUCGGCAAUCUCACACCUUACACCACCCAAAACGAUCUGGUCCCUUUAUUCCAGAACUUCGGUUACGUUCUCGAGACUCGCCUUCAGGCUGACCGUGGCUUUGCCUUCGUGAAGAUGGAUUCGCACGAGAAUGCUGCUUCUGCAAUUUGCCAAUUGAAUGGUUACCAAGUCAACGGUCGUCCUUUGAAGUGCAGCUGGGGUAAGGAUCGUCCUCCUACUGGUCAAUUCGACAACUUCUCCCCCGCUCAGGGUAAUGCCGCUCCCUUCGGUAACACCCCGCAAGGGUUCUUUCCCCAAUACGGCGGUCCCGCCAACCCUAUGAACCAAGGUCCUGCCCCUGCUGGUCGAGGCUGGGAUCAACAAGCCAACAACUUCAACGGACCUGCCAUGGCCGGCCAGGCCUAUCCUCAGGCAGGUAACGCCGGAGGCUACGGCCGUGGCCAGCCUAUGUCCCCGUCCGGCAACUGGGACCAGUCUAACAACUUCAACGGAGGCUACCAGGCGUAG